CGCAGUUUAAACUGGUAAAAUUUCUGUGGCAACAGAUUCCAUCAUGUGUCUUAAUCCGACAUCGGAUACCAGCGGCAUCAAAACCAUCACUGGCAGCACGAAACACCGUGGCGGUGUUGGAGAGCUCGCAGAUCGCAUGAAACACAUGUUGGCCAGCGGAGAGUUCACUGAUGUGCAGUUCGUCGUGGGACGCCAAUUUGGCCAAGAUAAAGUGUUCUCUGCACACAAGAGUAUUUUGUGUAACAGCAGCAAGGUGUUCUACAGCAUGAUUUGUAACAGCGUGGCUGAAUCGUGUCCGUUGGUUAUUCACUUUCCUGACAUUCCUUCCGACGCGUUCGCCAACCUGCUCAGUUAUGUUUACACUGAUUCGGUGGAAGGCAUCAACGAGACAAACAUCUUUCCAACGCUGCACUGUGCUGACAAGUUCGGUUUGCCUUUAUUGGUGGAUGCCUGCUGCGAGUGCAUCAUCGGCUGCGUUACUAAGGAAAACUGCCUAACUAUGCUGGAAAAUGUCAACCGUUGGUGCCCGGACUUGGACAACAUUGUGGACAAGUGUAUGGACAUUGUCGAUGAAUUUGCCGACGCUAUAUUGCGCUCGGAGCAGUUCAACAGCAUUGGUCAUGACAGCCUGCUGAUGAUUCUCCAGCGUAACUCUUUGUCUGUUGAUGAGAAUGUCGUUUACGUGGCUGUAGAAAAUUGGUCGAUGGAGGCUUGUGAGAAGCGCAGCCUGGAACAGUCCACCGCCAACCGUCGCGAAAUGUUGGGAGCCGCGCUCUUCCUUGUCCGCUUCCCUUUACUCAACGACAUUGAACUCGCUGUUGGCCCUGUUCAGAGUGCUUUACUGCUUUCGACGGAGCUGCGUGACCUGUUCCUCUAUAAGCACGCUCCGGAAAAGCCGGCCCUCCCGUUCUCGACGGAGCCGCGCCGCUACAUCCAGCACAACUUCGACCUGGAUGCGUAUAAGAACCGCGAAGCUGUGUUCGCGCAACACGCGACGAUGUGGUGCGGAAAAGGGCAUGCGUUCAAAUCGAUGAGGACGAUCGUCCGUGCGACCGAUAUUCUUCAGCGCGGCCAGCGGGUGCACUGCUUGCGGGGCGGGGCUACGUACUGUAUGCGGCGCGGAGGAAAGCACGUGGUGGAGAUCGACAGCCAGGAAGUAGCGGUUGAUUUUGAGGAUCUGACGGUGCCGUGGAAAGUCUGGCUACACUGGAAAGUUAAGGAAAUCGCGCAACUGUGA